AUGGACGAGUCUUUACGGCUGCUGACCUGCGUAUUGAUUGGAUCGCCAAGGGUCGGCCAAGACGAAAGAACCGGGCCAAGGACAAGGGCGGAGGAGGACCGAGAGGACCAAGAGCAUGGCGACGACGAGGCACGUCUACUUAUGUUCGUCGCCGCCCCUCUCCGCUCCGGCGGGUACCUGGCUGGUUUGAUGCACCUCCCCAUGACCUUGUGCCGCCGCAGCGAAGUUGAAAACCCCUUCGCCAGUCCGUUUAUAUCGACACACACUCUGCCGGCGCCUCCGCCAUGUGCUCAAAGGUCGCACGAUUACCGCAUGCCGCAAGCGGCUGUUGUGAUUGGGAAUCUGGACAAGGCGAGCUACGAUUCAUCGACCUACACUUCACAAUACUACCCGGCGGAUCCUGAGUGCAAGAGUGGUUCGAUGUCGUCGACGAUGGCGAGUUCCAUCAUGACGCCAUCGUCAGUCAACAUGGAGAAGGGGGCGGUGCCAGAAGAGGAGGGUCCUAGACAGUCAAGUCGGGAGUCCAGAAGAAGUGGAGGGAAUCGAGAUCCUGAGAAGGGGACGCGGCAUAGCAGUCGGCAUGGCUCGCAUCAGUCGAAUCGAGUUGAUAAGACGAUUGCGAUGGAGGAGGAGGAUGAGGAGGUUGAUGAAGGGAGGGCGAUGCAGGAGCAGCAUGCGGUCAAGAUAUUGCUGUUCCUCUCAGGGCCGGCAGUCAUUCUCUCCGCCAUCAAUACAGUGUGGGCAGUGAUAGCGCUCGUCAUCACAGCCCUCUCACAAUCGAUUCGAAUAUGCGCGCGACGGCCUUCAUUUGGACAGCAACUGGCUGGGCUGCUGGGACCGACACUCAACCUCCAACUGCGCAGCAUCUACACGCCCUUGCCUCCUCACGCCAACGAAGACGGCUCAUACCAUGAUGCAACGCUGUUCAUGGUUCAUAUAUUGUCGCCCUUUAUGAGCUUCGUUAUUAUGUUCGCCGCGUGGGUGCUGGGGUUCUACUGGCUGGCGUCGGGGAUGGUGGGUGAUCCCGCCGGGCAGGAUAAGCGGGAUGACGGGAAGGAGACGGUAUUGGGAUUGCGGAAUUUCUGGGAGGGGUGGUUGAUGAGGUCAGUGAAGGAGGAGUGA